UCUACGGGGGUUGGAUUUACGGAAGAUCUCGCGCGCAACAGUAGCGGAGCGCGUGAGGACAACGAUGGCGGAGAGGAAAAUGCCGAACAUCAAGAUUUUCAGCGGGAGCUCCCAUCAGGACCUCUCCCAAAAAAUCUCGGACCGACUCGGUCAGGAGUUGGGAAAGGUCGUUACCAAGAAAUUUAGCAAUCAGGAAACAUGUGUGGAGAUUGGAGAGAGUGUGCGAGGGGAGGACGUGUACAUCGUGCAGAGUGGCUGUGGUGAGAUCAACGACAACCUGAUGGAGCUCCUGAUCAUGAUCAACGCCUGCAAGAUUGCCUCGGCCUCCCGCGUCACCGCUGUCAUCCCCUGCUUCCCCUACGCCCGCCAGGACAAGAAGGAUAAGGUGGGGAGCCGAGCUCCCAUCUCCGCCAAGCUGGUAGCCAACAUGUUGUCCGUGGCCGGAGCCGACCACAUCAUCACCAUGGACCUCCACGCCUCCCAGAUCCAGGGCUUCUUCGACAUUCCCGUGGACAACCUGUAUGCAGAGCCUGCCGUGCUGAAAUGGAUAAAAGAGAACAUCCCCGAGUGGAAAAACUGCACCAUCGUGUCUCCCGACGCCGGUGGAGCGAAAAGGGUAACGUCCAUAGCGGACCGUCUCAAUGUGGACUUCGCCCUGAUCCACAAGGAGCGCAAGAAGGCCAACGAGGUGGACCGCAUGGUGCUGGUGGGGGACGUGAAGGAUCGCGUGGCCAUCCUGGUGGACGACAUGGCCGACACCUGCGGAACCAUCUGCCACGCCGCCGACAAACUGAUGUCCGCCGGUGCCACUAAAGUGUACGCCAUUUUGACCCACGGCAUCUUCUCCGGUCCAGCCAUUUCACGCAUCAACAACGCCUGCUUCGAAGCGGUGGUGGUGACCAACACCAUUCCUCAGGAGGAGAAGAUGAAACACUGUCCAAAAAUUCAGGUCAUCGAUAUCUCCAUGAUUCUCGCCGAGGCCAUCAGGAGAACUCACAACGGCGAAUCAGUGUCUUACCUCUUCAGCCACGUCCCCUUGUAAUCUACAGGGUUACCUCACACACACACAC